UUCAGUUUCACUCGUCCAAUCGGGGAAGCCUGUGCGGUUUAUAUUGCUUUACUUAGGACUACAUUACGUAAAGGUCUAAGCUCGUCUAUUUCACUGUGGUUUCGGUUUUUUCCCGACAGACAAGCAUCCACAUUUUCAUCGACCAUGUCUGGCAGAGGCAAAACCGGAGGCAAGGCUCGAGCCAAGGCGAAGUCCCGUUCGUCGCGGGCCGGUCUCCAGUUCCCGGUGGGUCGAGUCCACAGGCUACUGCGCAAGGGCAACUAUGCGGAGCGCGUCGGUGCCGGGGCCCCUGUUUAUCUGGCGGCCGUACUGGAAUAUCUCACCGCUGAGAUCCUGGAGUUGGCCGGCAACGCGGCCAGGGACAACAAGAAGACCAGGAUCAUCCCCCGGCACCUCCAGCUGGCCGUGCGCAACGACGAGGAGCUAAACAAAUUGCUGGGAGGUGUGACCAUCGCUCAGGGAGGAGUGCUGCCCAACAUCCAGGCUGUCCUCCUCCCAAAGAAGACGGAGAAACCGGCCAAGAGCAAGUAAAAAGAGACUCCUCGCAGGUCCGGCUUCAGCUGGCGCGGCUUUCCUCGGAACCAGCCUCUUAUUUUAUUUUUAUUUUUUUCAUGUUCUCUUUUUGGGGGGAAUGGACAGUGUCGGUGUUGCUAUGUUGCUGUUUCCACGUACAUUCGCUUUUCAACGGGACUACUCAUAUUGGCUCUUGCUUAGUCUCCUCCGUUGCAUUCUCGGCUCGUGAAAAUGGAGGCGCUCUCCCAAGGCUGGGGAUGAUGAUGGCUGCAAGAAGAAAUCAGUUCUUGACAUGGACCACUUCUGACUGGACGGGGGUUGUUGUGGUUUAGCAAUGCAGCUUCGAAACGUGCAAAUUUGUUGUUUUGUUUUCUUAUGUCAUACUGUUUCAAUAAAUGUUCUGCAGCCUUUUGGCACAAUGCGAA